ACGAGCACGUACGAAAGCAGUUGAGUCUAUUCGUCGGAUCCCUUGAGUACUGACAGGACGAGUGGGCGGAAUACUAAUUAGCCCUUUCUGUAUGCUUAUGCAAACCGACGAGUCUCUCUGGUUGUUUGCGCAAGUGCGAAUCUUGUUGCCCGCACCCAUCAUGUUGCCGAGCCCUAUCAAGUGAUUUAAGUCCAUGGCCUCCGGAGGGCACUUACGUCGACGGACCCGUACGAAGCAUGCUCGGUCGCUUCGGAGCGGAUUAGACCAUAAUGUUGGCCACCCGCGCUCCGGGCGUACGUGCUUAGUACGCGUCGGCCCGUCGCCAGCACUAGGCCAAAUCCAUCUCGUGUUCUCGUUCUCCAUCCCGCCUAGAAGACACAAAUUUAAUUUGGACGAGAUAUUUCCCGUGGCGAGGCCAAUGCUUGGGCCGCGUAGGAAAAAUUGCUGUUCUUAUUGGGCUGGUCAUCCAUGGGUGUCGAUGCUCGUUUGCUUCGGAACGACGGACUAACACUGAUAUUUUGUUGUCACUCAUCUUCUGGUCUGUGUGAAACGGCACACCGAUGAGCUAUGAACAUUACGGAUCCCAACCUUGGCAGAUGUACUGGAAAUAUUGAACAGCUCAACGAGGCGAAAUAUUCUGAGUUAUUUGGGGAUAUGGAGGAGUGUCUUUACCACGAUCAGUACUUCUUCAUGGCUAUGCGAGUCAAUCCAGCGUGAAUCGGUGACAAUAACUUCUUGAAGUUAAUGUUAAAAUUAUUCACGAUUUUCAGCUUCGACCGGCAGCGUGCAGGAAAUCCUUGGUAAUUAGUUGAUUCAGAAGUGACGUUCUCAAUCAUGAAUAGGACUACAUCAGAAUAGAUCGGAGCAACAUGCAUGAUUGUGUAAAUGCAAUCUUUGAGAUGCGGGACUGCUGUUUUCCAACUAUUGUAAUUUGCCAAAAUGACCUUCUCUUGAUGUUUGAGUAGACGAUCAUGUGACACAAUAGUGCGUGAUUAUGCUGAAUGACACCCCAGAGUAGGCGUUUGUAUGAAUUCACCUACCCGGACGGGAAUUGCUUGGCCACAACAUGACGCAAAUUACAGAAUACAUCCAGCACAUUAUUACAUUAGCCAUGGUAACCGACGACUGAGCCCGAUGGAAGCAAAGUUCAAUGGUAAAGUUGAUUUGCUUUCUCGCCCAGCUCUCCCCGUAAAGCAAAUACAUGUAGUUGUUGCGUAGCGAGUCAACCACCAGCUGUUGCUGGUCAUCGGGUCCACGUGUCUGCAACCGACCGCAAAAGCAGCACCUGGCCAAGGAGUUAUUUGCCUCGGAUUCGAGAAGUUUCUUGAGUAGUUUGAGUUUGUUUGAGAAUGGCCUUCAUAACAUAAGCCUAUGAUGAGACCAAACAAGGGCAUGUAUCUGUUAAGCAUUGUAAACUGGGCAUGAGAAAAACCCAGCGAGUAUGUAGUGCUCAUGUAUUUUCACCACUAUGGCUCUGACAACAAAACAGUGCAACGGCUUUAGAUUACAUGGUAGCGAAAUAGUUUGUUUACUAGCGCAGAGAUACUUGAGCAACGGUUGUGAACACAUGGCACGUGCAGCCGUAAUUUAGAAGUUCACAUAUCGAAUUUUCGGCUAUUCCUUGACGUCUGUGCUUCUAUCAUGAUUCAUAUUCCUUCUGUACGAGAUCGCAGCCGCCGUACCAGCCUUGGGCAAGUAUCUGGCGGGGUGGCAAUUCACGAUGCUGUGGUCAAAGGCAAAAUCCACCUAGCCAAGUUCAUACUGGACGCCGUGGAAAGCCACACCGUGGUGAACUCCCGCGACGCCCACGGCAAGACACCGCUGAUCCGGGCGGUGCGCAUCGAGGACGAAGGGGUCCGGGGUCGGGUGGUGGACCUGCUGGUGAAGUACCACGCUGACGUGAACCUGGUGGACAACGUGGGCCGCUCGGCGUUGAGCUAUGCUUGCGAGCUGCACCGGAGUGACGUCAUCAAAAAGCUGGUUAAGAACAACGUAGACCCCAACCUACCGGACAAGAACGGUAACUCGCCCCUCAUGUACUGUGCCGAGACGGGCAACGCAGCCGGCAUUGAGAUACUGUCCAAGUCCUUCCGUCGUCUAGGGCUGGACGUGGACACGGUGAAUGCGGAUGGCAUGACACCCCUCAUGGUGGCCGCGAAGAGUGGCUAUGUAGAGUGUGCUCAGCUCCUAGCACAUGAGGCCAAAGCGUCAUUAUCCCGGCGGGACAACGUGCAUAAUAUGAACGCUAUCGACUGGGCAAGGGAGGGUGGUUGCUCGACCCCGGACUUAGAAGCGCUACAGGCUCGGUCUCGGAGUCACAGCAAAUCGGCUGUGAACCUCUCCGACAGCGAUCAAGCUGCAGGUCGUACCCAGGGGAACGUCAGUAACCCAGAGCGGAUGCUACCAAAGCGAGGUACGGUGGUGCCGAAUCCCAUUGCAUCGAACCUAGGCUCCACCGCGUCCCUCCCGCACAUCGAGUCCGACGGCGUCAAGGAACCUAGUGCCAAAUUCACUGGAAGCCAGCCGGACAUUCGGCACGUGCAGAACGACAAGCGGCGGUUCCAUCAGAUGAGUCUCGGCGAGCUGUCACAAAGGUUCCAAGGUCUCAGUGCCGGAUCGUCGCCAGAACACUACAAAGAGAACAUCUCAAGCCCAGAUACUCCCACAAAAACGGCGACCGUCAGACGCUGGUGCUCUGAAGAGAGUAGCUCUUCUGAUUCGCAACGCCAACUGAGCAUCGACGGCAUCGUGGAUGACCUAAAGUCAAGCGAGAAGAUGGCUCCCCCAAACGAGCCUGCCCAGCCACGACCAUCAACUGCAGUCGGCGUCUUCAACAAGCGAGUCCAGCAUGUCGGUGACCACCGAAGACGCCCCUUGUCGGCCAAUGUCGCCAACCGUCACACCAACAGACAGACCAAGAGCUUCGACAGCGCUCUGAGCCUGACCAACAGCCGGCCGUCCAACUCGGUCGAGAACCUGUCACUGACCGUAACCCAGCCUCUGGUGGUGCCUCAUCCCCCCAACACGGCCAGGACGGGCAGUAACCUGUCCAGGCUGUCCCACCUCAGCAAGAGCACGGAGAUAAUCUCCAAUCGGAGGCCCUCCUUGGAGCAGCACAACGACAGCAACAGCGCCAGCAUCCGCUACAUGGACCUACAGGAGAUUUCUGGAAGCAGCAAGCGAGAACGACAGGCAUCACUUUCACCGGGAGAUCUGAGUGGACUGUUGAUGAGGCCUGAUACUGCGACCUCUGGCCAAGACUUCGAGCACCUUCCCUCUAUAUCACUAAAAUGUACUUCCCGUGAAGUGUGACAUGUUAAUCCUCAAAGAGUUAAUAAUGUGUGGAUCACAAUAUAUAAAGUACAUGUAUUAUGAUAGUAAAUCCAUAUAAUAUUUACCAAACCGAAGUUGGGUAUAAUGAGAGACGCACUCUUAUUGUAACGCUUUGUUAGAUCAGUGACAUUGUUGAAGUAUAGGGCUAAAAGCAAGUGAGGUUCCAUUAGGGUAGAGAGGCUGCGGAUGGUGGGUGGGGAGAAGUUUAGCUCACCCCUUCAAGGACGCCAUUUAAAUAAUAAUGUGCAUUAUCAACAAGCACACAUUUUCAAGGUUCUACUUAAUUUGCCCCAGCUCAACGGGCUAAUAAACUUACCAGAAGCAUAAGGUCCGUGAGCAGUACACAGCACAAAUGCUGGAUUUCUGGCGUAAACGGCUCUCAGACACAAAGACCAUCUUUGUCCAUCACAGGUACUAAUUUAUUCUCCUGUGUGUAGAGAGGCGAUUAGAGGUAAAGCGACAUACACAAGGCCACUUAACCAUUUGCAUGAAUUGAACCUCAUGUUCUAUGAUAGGAAGUAACACGCUAGUGCAAUGUUUGUUUCUAAUUUUAAAAUGCAGUUUCCCAGCUAUGUCAAAUUUUUCAGUUAACAUUUGCCCCCUAAAAUGUCCUCAUUUGCUGAAAAUCUCUGUAAAAUUUAGUAGGGCCUAAGGAAGUAAAUCCUGUGAAAGUCCUGCUUCCUCUCCAUGAAGAUAAAGGGAUUAGUUGUAAUUUCGUCAACGAUUUUUCGUGAAAUGAGGUGAAUGCAUAGCACAGCUCUCUUAGAAGUGGAAAGUACUUCAUGAAUUAUUAAGGAAACGUUUACUCCUAUAGAGUCUGUUAAAAAAAGAUUUCCAAAUCAUUUUGUUUUAUUUAAGACAAAUAAAUCCACACUCGAUUGCGCAGCAUCACUUCUUUAGAAAUUGUAUGAAAGAAUCUGUGCAAUACGUCAUUUCACUGUUAGGCUUUAAUUCUCACAUGAAAUAAUAAUUAACUGAUUAGAAAUAAGGUGUACAUUUUUUACUCCAAAAAUCGCACUCUUUCUUCGUGGACCAAGGCCAAAACAUUUUCCAACUGAGCAAGAACCAUUUAAGACCGCAUCAUCAAGUUAGGCCAACAUAUCAAUGUGAACCAUUUUCAAGACCAUUCGGGUGAAUUUGAUAACAAUCACGUUCCAUUGAUGUUUAUUAGUGAUUCUUUUUUAUGUCGUUAACCAUAAGUAGAUCAUAGGGAAAAGAGUAUACCCGAUUGAUGUAGGCCUACUCAUCAUUUGACAACUUUAUACACAGAAAACAGCCAGUUCGCACGUUAUCGUGACAUUAUCUGCGGAUGGAUCUGUUACCACAGCCUGUCACAAGUACAUGCACAAAGAGGCUGCUUUUAAAGGACACUUUCCUCUAUAAGAUUAAAAAAGAGAAAGAAAUAAUGUACAGGCAGAGUGUAUGGUUCCUCUUUGAAACACCGAUCUAUCGGGUUCGCUCUGAUGUUUAUAAUUCUGCUCGCUUGGUCUCUCGUGGCUUCAAUAAUCACAGAGCAUAGCAUUUGGGGACGUGUCGUGCAUAACCCGAGGCUGCAGUACUUCAGUAUGGUACAGUCUUCAUAUUGGGGCGAAGCAGGUCUUCGAUGUUCAGAGACAGAAUUUCUUUUAUUACUUCCACUGUAUGAAGUUGUAAGUCGAUACAACAAAGGGUUCGAAUCUUGUACAGAGUGCAGUUGGGACAGUCAAUACACUAAUGCUUGUUUCGUGCAUGUCGGGGACAGGAUUAAUUUUUAUCAACAGCAUUUUUUUGUCGAUUCGACUGAGCAUGGUAUUCUGUGAUUAAAGAUUCUGAGUAGUCAUUUUCAGUUCGAAACACCUGACUGGUAUUCUUGGCAGUGGUAUAGCCAGGGGGAACCCCAAUGGGAACUCCCCCCCCCCGAAAGGGCCUAGUUACGCCUCAGAUUCGUGGACUUCUACAAAAGUUUUGCGCAGUGCAUUUUCUCAGACAUUUCAGAAAUAGAGUUGUUUAUUAGUGAAGGAAUAUGAUGUGUGUACAUCCUAGUAUUCCUUACAAACCUAUAUUUUAGGCAUUUUGAAUGACUAAACCCGCUGUAAUGGACAUCUUAUGGUAUACCACCAACAUUAUCUUCGUGGCUUGUCUUGAUGUCUGUGUCCCUCGUCAAUGGUGUGCAUGUGUACUUGUUACUAUCACUCCAUGUAUGAUACUAUUUUUUGUUGAACAGUAUGCAAUUAAGAUUCACAUAAAUUUUGCACAGGGCUUACAAAUGGCUUCGCCUUUCCCCGCAAAGACAUCCGACGUGAUAGGCCCUUCAUCCAGGCCGUACUGUAAAAUCUGUAACAUAGCCCCAGAGUACUUAUUUAAAAAUGCUGACUGUUGAAGAGUAGUGUGCUGUAUACGCAAAUAGAAGUACACAAAGCUAAGCGUGGUUUGGAAUGAAUGGUGCUUCUUGUUUAGGGACUAGAAAGGAGAGACAAGAGACAAAAGAAGAUUGUUGUGUGAAAGAAAAACUUGAACCUUUGUGAGUGAAAAAAAAAAAGUGUUGGUAAAGUGGCCAAAACAAUGACAAUCUUUGUACAAUAGAUGCGAUUGUUUUGUGUUAACGUAAUGAUGAACAUUAAACAGUCGUGGUGACUGCAAUUACGUAAAAUCUAAUGGCACACAAGGUUGAUGGGGUUUGUCAUGAAUGACAAUUAAGAUGGCAAACAAGCAUCAGUGGUGUGAUGAUUACGGUGUGAGGAGGUUGCAUCCGUGGUGACUGGUCUUGAGGCGAUGAGAUGGUUAUUGUGUUAGUGGCGACUCGGAGUGGUCAGUGCAGUGAUGAUGGGCGGGGAAGGUGAUUGCAGAAUUGCACGGUUGGGCUGGAGUUGGAAGCUGAUAUGUUCUGUUGUAUAUACUUGUAGUAUUAAUUGAUAGUUAUUUCUGAGAGUGAUAAUGAGCUAAGAUAACGAAGCUGAUAAACCUUUGAAUUUGAUAUGAAAUGGCAAUUCGUUAAACCGAUUUAUUUUUUUUUUUAGUUUUUGUUUAACCUUCUUAAAAUUCGUGAUCUUACCAGAGCAAAAAACAGUGAACCCAAAGGCAAUGAAGCACAAAUACAGAGCAGAGUUAGGCUACAGAGGAAAAGCCGGUAUGUAGAAACUGAAUAAUCUUAUUAACUGCUAUCAUGUGGAACCUUUUCUUAAUGGGGGAAGGGAAAAAACACCUUAGCCUCAUUAGUUUUGAAACAACAUAUUGCUUCUUUGGUAAGAUGAGCCAGUAUCUCGACUUUCGUUUUUGUGGUCAGUGUUGUUUUAAAGCAAACGUUUUGCGUUCUGAAGGAAAAAGACGGCCUAGGGAAUUAAUGGAAAUACCGGGUUGGAUGGAAUAGGAACGAGUACUAAAGGAAGAAAGAAUAAACACAAACACAACCAAAAGAAAUAAAUAAACAAGAAUGGAAACCUCGUAAUGGGGAUUACGUUUUCUUCUUUUGAGGUUUUGCUGUAUCGGUAUUUUCUCUUGUAAUCAGUCAGAUUGAACAUUGUUGAGCAUAUCAUGGAAAUUUUCAUUCGCUGCGUUUAUUACCAACGGAAACAAUGUUUGGGGUAUACAUGUAGGGGCCUAUGUGAUUCUAAAAAGAUAUGUAUGGUUGACAACCUUUAGAAAAUUCCCUGUGACGGUCUUCGGGAGACCAAAGACUUACAGGCACCAUGAAGUCGAGGAGGGAUUUGUUAUUUGCAACAGAAAUGUACUUAAUGCAGUGACGUAAAUUUGAUGCCAGAAACCUGUAGGGGAUGAUUGCUCAUCCCUCCUGGUCAAAAUCAUGGGGAUAUAUCCCCAUCCCCUGGGAUUUACGCCCAUGACUUAGAGCUAUGAUGGCAUUCAAACCAAAGAAGGGCGAAGAUCACGAGGGCAGGUAGGAUGGGUAGGCUACUGACCCAACCAAUAAUCCGGCAGAUGAGCUGUGCAACCCCCUGCAUAUUUUGUACCGAUAAACAAAGGAGAAAGAAAAUGGAACAAAUGAUAGACUAAGGGCAGAAGGCAAGAUUGAAUGUAAAUUUCACAAUGCUAAAAAAGAGGGUUAAUAUUCGGCUAUAUACUGUACGUGUAUAUCCAAGCAACGGAAUGUAUAAUAAGUAGCGACCCCAAUGUUGAAUAAAAGUUCGGCCCCAACAUUUGGAGGGUUUUGGAAAAGUUUUCGGCAUCAUCCCCCAAUUUGUCGACUCAAAUCUACGCCCUUAAUCACCCGGGUUGGUAUUGACAGGUUGGAGUUUUGGUAAUGGGGCUAGCCACAGCGAAAUCUGUUUACGUGUUCAAUUAUGGGGCGAGUUGUCACAGAUAUUAGGAGGUAUUUAAAGGUUUCAAUAAGCCGAAAUGUUUCGCAUAACAGUUGCAUACCGGUAGUUUGUAAUGAACUGUACACCAAUGAAGCGCGAGCUUAUUUGUGCUGGUGAAGCUGCGGUUUCUGUGCUGUUUGUUUUCCGGAUGGUUCAUUCACUAAAUGUACUCCAGCUGACCAAGGUUAAAAUCAGAUGCUAAAAGCUUCUAAUGCUGAAUUAUCCAGAGAGGGGAAAAAAUCUCGAGGAUGCUGUAGCCACUACUGGUCACCCUGUGGUGUUUUCUCUCAACCUCUUAAUUCGCUUUGCGGGGACAAUAAUUCUUCAAUUGUUGAGGCCUUGUGUUAUGUCAUUAGCGAAGCCGGGUAGACAGAGCAGUCACUUUGGGACACAAUUAUAAUGGACAGUGAAAUUUGCGACAGCGUGUUGUAAUGGAAAGCUGAAGUCGAGCGUGUAUGAUGUGUGUUUGUCUAAUUAGAUAACAUUUCCAGAUGACGCAAGUAUUUUUUUUGUUGCUGACGGGGGAUAAUGACUAACGGUAAAGUCAAUUGUCUGUUGAUAACAAUAUCAACUCCUCGACUGUAUUUUAACAUUUCCUCAGCCAGUUCCCUUCCCCCGUGUGAAAAUUAUCCACGAUCGGGAAGUUCAUCUGAUGUCAAUGUGUCACUGUGACCCAACGUGCCGGCCAAUCACAGACGGUCAGAAACGCCACCGAAACUGUUGAUUGAUGGAUACCUGUCAGCUGAUUUAUCACAGUCUACAAAAUCAAGAUUCUAAUGUCUUACACAAGUAAUCGAUGAGUGCGCAACCAGUUUAUAUCGUAAACGUUCGCUUCGCACGCGUCUGUCCCCGGGGAAAAUCCCCACCCAUCUAGAAUAUUAUAGAAGCAAUAUUUAAAGAUAAAUGUUGUAUCUUGUGUAGUAAGACAUAUAAAAUAAGCGAUCAAGAAUGCGUCGUUAAUAUGGUUAUAUACUGUACUGUAUAGAUUCACGCUAAUGCUAAUGAAUCUCCAACGGUGUAUUUUUUUCUAAGUGACACUGAAGUUAUUUAUAACCUUGUAAGUAAAGUAUAAUUUUUGCACUGUAUUAAGAAAUUACUCUUUUGUAACAGAAUUGAUUUCACAUUAUGUGCGUGUAAAAAUGGCAUUAUUAUGUUGUACAAUAAAAAGCUU